AUGACAGCCGCCGCGCGCCGUCUCUCCCCGGCCCAACGCGCUCAUCUCGAGCCACCACGUGCCGCGGUCACUGGCCUGCUCGCCGUCGCCGCCGCCGCAGCCGCUGAAUACGCCGUAUAUGAUGCACCUCACGCUGACCUUAGAUAUCCACCCUUCGAUCAAACAUCCCCAAGGAUGUACUUAUUCACAUUGAGCGACGCACAGAUGGUUUUAUCUGCGCGAUCGCUCACCGCAAUACCGUUGUCUGAACAUACCAUUAUGUAUAUGUAG